UUGCUUUUGAAGUUGAACUCUUGAUUUUUACCUUUCCCGUAAAAAGAAAUUCUCUCCUGUUUGAUGAAGAUAUUCCGAGUGCUCAUGAUUUCCUUUCAGACUCUUAAGCCGCUGCAGUAUUCAUCUCUGGCUGGGUUAAAUUUUUGUUCUGAGGCAUGUGACUUCUUUCAGUGUUCACGGCUAAAAAGCUGAAACCUUCCAUUUCAGAGCAAACGUUUUUAGUUGAUUUAAAACAAGAGGUGACUCCUGAAGGUGCUAGAUGGUUUCUGCCUGCUGUCUUUGUGCUAUGGCAGUCAAAACCCAGAAUUCUUAACUUUGUGUGAUUGGUGGGUUUUAGGUGGGUUGGUUUGUUUUUUUGUUUUUAUUUUUCAGAUGCAUUAUGUGUAAUUAAGAGCAUAAGAAGUGUAUUAGCUGUCCUGUUUCCACAGAAACCCCUAUUUUUCUUGGUACUAUAGAAAGCAGCAUAGGCAAAUUCAGUUUUAAAGUUGUGUAGAUGUUGGGUGAUUUGCAGUUGGCCUGUAGGCUGACUUGUCACAGUAGGUACUGAUCAAAACUAUGUUUAGAAAGCCCCUUGGCUUUGCUGUUUUGGGGCAGUAUUGUGCUCAUUGCUUCCUAAUAGUCAUAUAUUUGUUUAUAAUCGAUUGAUUUUGAAGGGCAGAUAUCUCAUGGUAAAGGAUCAGCACUGUGCAAAACCAGAACCUCUUUCCUGUCAUAGUUUUCUUUUUAAGGUUAAUUUGUGGUUUAGGUGGUGAAAAAAGUUAUGCUGUACAGUUAUUAACAAAGCUGGUAAGUGCAAUGAGCCUUAACACACAACAUACAACCUUUGGGGCUGUAUGUAGCUUCAGUGUGUGGCAAACGUCACAAGAGAUGCGAUACAGAAGUGUGUUCAGUAAAAUGCAGGAUUUUCCCUUUUUGCACGUUUAUCAUCCUAUGCUUGGUUAGAAGGAAACUUUCAAAAGAUGCAGUUGCUGAAGAGAUGGGCCUGUAGCAUCGUUGAGGUUGAGCAAAGUCUAGUGUUAAUGUAUUCCUGAGCUGUAGAGUUACAGUGUUAACUAACAAUAGUUAAUUUGGAAUGCAAGACUAAUUUAAUGAGAAGUAACUGUAAAUCUUUAAUAUUGUAUGUGUUCUUUUAAAGGAGACAAUUUUUCUAAGAACUUGAGUUAGGUAAAAGUAAGUUUUGUUUUGUGGUCUAUUCCUUCUGACUUCGCCAAGUUACAUAGCAGCUUUCAUAUGAAAGUCAUUCCUGCAUGUAUUUUGGGAGAAGAAACAAAUAAAUGGCAGUAUUCUUUGGGAAGGGAUGAGAGAGGAAAUGCUUAACUGUGUGCAGAAAGGUGCCCAAAUAUGCAUGGGGAACAGAAGCAUGGUUAAAAAUCUGCAUACAAUUCACACAUUAGAAAUAUUUCAAAACCAUAUCUUAAAGGUUUAGAAGAGAAAUUUCGUUUCAAUUCUGACUACUUGAUGCCAAACCUCCUGACACAAGAUAAAACAUAAAAAGAACUAGUUCUGUUUCCUUUCCGCAGAAUGUUUUUAGUAGCAACUAUUCUGGGGUUUUGCUUCCAUUCCAAAAAGUAAUGUUGAUUGAAAUAUUCUGGUAGUGCUAACAGCAUCUUCCUACCUGUUCCAUUCCUGUCAGAGGCCAGCUACAGCACAAAAGUCAAAUGCUGUUUGAAAGUUGAAGAAAUGAACACACUGUUGUCCUCUCAUCUCAUGCUGAACUGGGUGUCUCUACUUUCUACAACUGAAAUGACUUAUUAAACCUAGAGGCUUCUGAGCAAGAGAAAACAGAAAUAUCCAUUAUGGCCUCGUCAUCAACACCUAAAUAUAAUUCAAACUCCUUGGAGAGUUCCUCAAGUAAAAGGACUCUAAAAGAUGGAACUAACUGGGAACAAAAUGAAGAAAUACCUCGUUUGCCAGGAGAGACUAGAGUUACAGACAAGGAAGUUAUUUAUAUGUGUCCAUUUAAUGGCCCUGUUAAAGGAAGAGUGUACAUCACAAAUUACAGGCUGUACCUAAGAAGUGUGGAAAAUGAUCCAGUUGUGGUGUUGAAUGUUCCAUUGGGUGUAAUUUCAAGGAUUGAAAAAAUGGGAGGGGCUUCCAGCAGAGGAGAGAACUCUUAUGGAUUAGAUAUAACCUGUAAAGACAUGAGAAAUUUACGGUUUGCAUUAAAACAAGAAGGGCACAGUAGAAGAGAUAUAUUUGAAGUCCUCACAAAAUAUGCUUUUCCCCAGUCACAUAACUUGCUUUUUUUUGCAUUUGUGAAUGAAGAAAAGUUUUCUGAAAAUGGAUGGAUGGUGUACAGACCAAUGUCUGAAUACAGGAGACAAGGACUGCCUAAUGAUCGGUGGCGAGUAAGUUUUAUUAAUGAACAUUACGGGCUGUGUGACACAUACCCAUCACUCUUGGUAGUGCCAUAUAACGCAACAGAUGAUGAUCUCAAGAAGGUUGCUGCCUUUAGGUCUCGAAAUAGAAUCCCGGUUCUGUCAUGGAUUCAUCCAGAGACUCAAGCUGUUAUUAUGCGCUGCAGUCAACCCCUUGUUGGAAUGAGUGGCAAGCGGAAUAAAGAUGAUGAAAGAUACCUUGAUAUCAUCAGGGAGGCCAAUGGGCAAAUCUCAAAACUGACUAUCUAUGAUGCUAGGCCCAAUGUCAAUGCCGUUGCGAACAAGGCAACUGGGGGAGGAUAUGAAAGUGAAGAUGCAUAUCCCAAUGCAGAACUUUUCUUCUUGGACAUUCAUAAUAUUCAUGUCAUGCGGGAAUCUUUGAAGAAGUUGAAGGACAUUGUUUAUCCUAAUGUGGAAGAAUCACACUGGUUGUCAAGUCUGGAAUCAACCCAUUGGUUAGAACAUAUAAAGCUUGUCUUGACAGGAGCUAUUCAAGUGGCAGACAAGGUAUCCUCAGGAAAGAGCUCUGUGUUGGUUCACUGCAGCGAUGGCUGGGACCGGACAGCCCAGCUAACAUCACUGGCCAUGCUGAUGCUCGACAGCUACUACAGAACAAUUGAAGGCUUUGAAGUUCUGGUGCAGAAAGAGUGGAUAAGCUUUGGACACAAAUUUGCAUCGAGAAUAGGCCACGGUGACAAAAAUCAUGCUGAUGCAGACAGAUCGCCCAUCUUUCUCCAGUUCAUUGAUUGUGUGUGGCAGGUGUCUAAACAGUUUCCUACAGCUUUUGAAUUCAAUGAGCAGUUCUUGAUUACAAUCCUGGAUCACUUGUACAGCUGCCGGUUUGGUACUUUCUUGUAUAACAGUGAGUCUUCUAGAGAAAAAGAGAAAGUGACUGAGAAGACCUUGUCAUUAUGGUCUUUGAUAAACAGUGAAAAAUCUAAGUACACCAAUCCUUUCUAUACUAAAGAGCUAAAUCGAGCGCUCUAUCCGGUAGCCAGUAUGCGUCACUUAGAGCUCUGGGUCAAUUACUACAUCAGGUGGAACCCAAGAAUUCGGCAACAACAGCCAAAUCCAGUGGAGCAGCGAUACAUGGAGCUUCUUGCGUUACGUGAUGAUUAUAUAAGGAGACUUGAAGAACUACAGAUCACAAAUAAUUCUAAGAUAUCCAGUUCAUCAGCCUCUACGUCAUCUCCCUCACAAAUGAUGUCCCAAGUACAAACACAUUUUUGAAGGAAAUGUUGGCUUCGUCCUGUGCUGUCACAGCAAGCGGUGCUUAACAUAGAUAUCUAGCAUAAAGAGGAAGAUUUUAAUGCCUUACAUUAGACUCUCCUAACACAAAAUAUUUUAGGCUGUCUUCAUUUGAGGACAACUUCAGAGCAAACAAAACCAACUUCAAUUACGUGCCUUUUAGAACCUGUGGACUGGGAACGUUAUUAAUCAGCUUCUAGUUAUGGAGGGCUUCAAGAGUUAUUUUGGAAAGUCUGGUAUAAUUGAAGUGAAUUUGAUUGUUUUCAUUAAGAAUGCUUUCAUUUAUUACACUGUAGGUCAUGUAAGGAAAUUCGUGCUUAAUCUUACAUGUCAUGAAUAAACGCGUUAAUGGCAAUAGGAAUAUCCACAUUAUGUGAAAUUAGGUAAUGUGUAUUCCUUUUAGGAAUACCUUUGUGGAGUUCAUGAGAGAAAAAUAAAUUCUAUUGUAAGAUUUCAGAGAGAAGUGUUGAAAUUUUCUGGUUACCUGAGAAUUGCAAUUUUUCCUUUUUUGAAAUAAACAAAAAUAUGGAAGGGAUUUCACUGAAAUACUUCUAAUUAAGAAGUUCGGAUAGUUCAAUAGAUAGUAAAAUAGAAGAAAAAAUCUAUUUUUUAUAAAAAUAAUCAAUUUACAAAUGACAGUUGUACUGGAUUCUGAGAAGUCCUGUUUUGGCUAACUAUUCAGCACUAAAGUGUAUUACAAAUUGUCACUGUUAGCAAUAUUGGCUCUUUGGAUUAAUACAGAGUAAAAUGGUUCUAAAGAAGGUUUAUAUCAUUAAAAACAGACCCACAGAGACCUUGCUUAAACAUCCAGCAAUAGCCAUAGUAUAAAUGCUUGUGUUUGUCUUCUAAAAGUAAAUGUGCCUGUUUAAAGGAGCUUUUAUACCAAAGUAGGCAAAAUUUUUCAGAUAUAAAUACUAUUGAAAACUUGUACAUUUAUAGCUUCCUGUUUAAUUUAACUUUUGUUCAACAAAUACAUUAAGUAUUUAAGGGACUUCAGUAUACAAGAUUUGCAUAUAUACAUUGAGCCUUCCAGUAAAUUCUAGUUUCAAGCCUUCAUUUCAGAGGCUUCUUGUAAACCUUUAAUUUCUUCCUUUCAGGUAGUUUUUUUUUUUUUAAGUAGUUUCAAACAUUUCUUAUAACAGCACAAAACUUGCUGCUUGAUAAUUAAUUAGUAUUUUGCAUAUUCUCAGAAGUUUAAUGAUAUUCAGGCAAUCCAGGAAAUACUGCAAUUCCCAAUUUGUAGGGGACUCUAAUAUUGUUCUUUUAAAGGAAAUAUUUUGAUGCUUGAGGCUUCUGUCAUUGUAAAUUAUUGUACAUGUGGUGAGUUUUGAUCUGCAAGAUAUAAUAGGAUUAUAUAUAUAAAUUAAGUUCUGUGUAAUUAUAUAUAGUUUAUUAGAAAUUCUGAAAGUUUAUAAAGUGUAAAUAUUUUGCAUAUGAAAACUAAAUUUAAAGCUAUAGUUCCAUAAAAUAAGUUGAAGUUUAGAGGACAUCUGAAUAUUUUUAGGACUGUAUUUUUUCAAAGGAAUAGAAGUAUACUGCCUCUUGAUUUAAUUCAGUAGAUACACUGAAUUGCACUAUUGUUUCAGGGAAGCUCAGAGCAUACACCGUGUAAGUUCUAAAUACACAUGAUUUAUGACUUAUUUUUGUCCUCUAAAUUUCAUUCUCACAUUAACAUUCUUCACUAUGUGUUUCCAAAAUAACAAUGUUGUCCCAAAAUCUUGACUUGUUAAGGUAAAUGAGGUGCAUUAUAUCAGAUAAAUGAAGAAGGAUACUCUAUCGUUCAUGAUAUAUUUACAUUUUGAAAGCUAUGCAUACUCUGGUAUAUUUGCCUUCUGCUUAGUUGUGGUUUAUAAAAAAGCUAUUUUUACUAGCAUAUUUAAAGUUUCUGUAUUUGAGUUGAAUGUAUUGGUGACAUCUCUGAGCAGUGUGGAGAAGUUCAGAAAAUCUAAUUGUUUUACUGUGUAAACACUACAUAUUAACCUACUGCAUUUGGGAGAGUUUAAUAUAAUGGAAAGGAUCUUUUUGCACUUAUUACAUAUAUACCAUUCUUCAUAUUACUGCUUCAGUCAAAUUUCAGUCUUUGAAGCUUUCUAACAGCUCUGUGCAGGCUUGGAUGUUUUGGUUCCCCCCCCCCCCCCCCCCCCCCAGUCAACACAUAAGAUACUUGUUUUAAUUCUACUUUUUACAUGGCAAUAGUAGGCAAGCGUUUUUAAUCCAGUACUUUUUGGAAAAUAGUAGUUUAAAGUUGUGAAUGUCGGCAUACAAACUGAUCAGUGUUAAUAGAAAGCUCUUCUUCUCCUCAUGAUCCGGGCAUGAUCCGGGCAGUCACUGUGCAUGGUGGGCACGGCCUGGUGCCUCCAUCCCUGUGUACAGCAGCUAGAGCAUCCAUCCCCUGCAGCGGACGGCAAGCCUGGGGCAGUGAAUGAGGGAGUUCCAGGCGCCAUGUGCCUUUCCUAGAGGGGUAAAAGAGUAGGGGUGUAAACAACAACAGCUCUAAGUGCUUCAUGUCCCAUAUGAAAUGUCCAUCUCGCAAUGCUGUUUUGGUUUUUCCCUUUCUGUUUUUGUACUUCCAUGCACCUGAGAAGAUAAACUUUAUAAAUAAGUAACUGAAGCCCAGCACAAAAGCUAGGUUAUGUGUUGGAUGCCUUCUUUAUUUGCCUUUGCCUUAUCCACCCCAGCGUUACUGUUAUGGGUAUCUCCUAGAACUAGUUUGUGUGCUACCUCCUUUUGAUGUAUCUUUUUAACGCUGCUUUGAGUUCAGUUGUUGCCUCGCAGUGAGCAUUUUGUCAUGCUUGAGGAAACCGUCUCUCAUACCUGACCAGUACUCUCCCUUGGGGACCGUGCCCCUGGUGACCGCAGGACUGCGCUGGAGCUGGGUGGGACUUGUGAAGCGACUUUGGGGCGUUGAGGGGGAGAGCUUAACAUCCGUCUGCCAUGUACGUGUGUGAGCGGAGGAGAAAUAAACACGGUGUCAGUUUCAAA